UGCCAAGUUGUUGCAUAUCUGGAUGCUCUAACCGCGUCAAAAACGGUUUGAAAAUUUUCAUGGCUCGAUUCCCAAGUGAGAUGACCCAGUGAGAAAAAAAUCAUGGAUUAUGAAUAUACGCAAAGCUAAUGGCAAAGUUGAUUGGGAACCAACAAUUCAUUCAUUUAUAUGUGAGACACAUUUUGCAAAUGAAAUGUGGAAAAAAGUUAGAAUCGAUGGGAAACGCAAAUUAAAGUGCAAUGCUGUACCCUCAAUUUUCCCUCGAUCAGAAAGAAGUAGCACAUGCAUAACUACGAAAGAUGAUAAUAACGAAUCUUUAGAAAGGCAAUCUGAGGCAAUGCUGGAAACAUUUCAUAAUCAUGGAAAUGUUAAGGAGGAACAACAUAAUUGUUUCAAAUCAGAUGUUCCUGACGUUUCUCCAUUGACAUCAAAUUUUGCGCAAUCAUUCACGUUAAAUUUCUCUCCGGAACUAUCAAAUUAUCUUUCCACUAUCCCGAAAGAAAUAUGCAACAAAGAAUUUGACGAAGUUAAAUAUUUAAAGAAAAAGCUGGAAGAAGCCAACAGAAAAAUUGAAUCGGCCAACAAACUUCUCUCGAAAAAUUAUCGAACUAACAAUAUGUUAAAGAAGCAUAUUAAGAAGUUGACUAGAAACAACUUUGGAAAUCGAAAUUAUGCGAAAUUAGAAUCAGCAAUUAAGCAAAUAUUUACUGAUGACCAAAUAGAAGCUCUUAUGCGGCGAUCUUCACGCAUCCAUACAUGGUCUAAUAAUACCAUAAGAAAAGCACUCCGAUUGAAGAUUUCUUGUGGUAAGAUUUCUACUGGUUAUCAACAGUUAUUGAAGGAAAAAAUACCUCUGCCGACCGAACGUACACUUCGAAGAAAACUGAAAAGUAUCGAAUUUGGAGAAGGAAUUAGUAAAGAUAGUUUUAAAUUAUUAGCUGAUAAGGUCGCUCAGUUUCAAGACAUCAAAGAAAGAGAUUGCAUGCUUGCAUUAGACAAAAUGGCUAUAGCACCAGGUCAAAAAUUGGACCCAUCGACACAGUCAUAUUGUGGACUUGCAUCAUUUUGCACACGUGAUGGUAUUAAGUGAAAAGUGAAAAAUGUCUCCAUUAUAU